AUGGAACAAACGUCGCUUGGAGAGGUUGAAGCUGGAAUGGCCACAGGAGAUUCCCAUCAAACCCAGACAGAACCUCUGGAAACCGAGACUGGCAUUACGGACAACUCCCCUCAGCCUAAUGGUCAUGAUCAGAAUGAACCUCAUCAAGACCAAAAGAAGCAGAUCACAAAAAGCGAAAGCGAUACUAAGGACAGCAUACUCAAGUCUGACGAUGACAAAGUCCAGAAAAUUGAGCCCAACACCCAGAGUACAGCCCCCAAUGACAAUGACCAUGAGCAGAAAGUCAAGAUCGACCCAAAUGAAGGCACCGCCAGCUCUGAUGAUCAUGGUCAGAAAGUGAAACUUGAAACCCAAGAUAAACCAACCAUCUCAGAAGAAGUACCGGAAGAGGUCAAAGAAGAGCUUCUGACAUGGUUAUCUAUACGCAAUCCUGAUGAUGCAAAAAUUCAAUAUCAAAUCUUGAAGGAAUCUAUUCGGAGUUCCGGUGCUGCCUCUCGCGCUGCGCGCCAGCUGAAAAGAGCGAACGAGGAGACCUCACAGAAUCCCCGACCAGCAAAAGCAGCCCGUACCUCGAGUCCCCAAGCUGGUGUCCCCGAAGAAGCUGCCCUCAACGAAGGAAUAAUGGCACCAAGUGAUCAGGUGAACAAGCCGAGCGACAUAACCAUGGAUCAAGUUCGUCAAGAGGUUCUGAAGAUGCUAGGGGAAUUCAGAUCGGAGAUUCAAAAUCUCACCAAGUGUCUGGAAGAGAUGGAUACCGGGAAAGACACCGAGAAUCUGGCCACUCAGGAGUAA